AGGCUCAAAUCCAAAUAAAUGCGCCUCCCAUUCUACACUACACAAUAUCUUAAAUUUUCUGUGUGAACCAAAUGAACAUGUUCCCAACUGCCAAAGUACCUUCAACGCUCCUUGCUAGCCAGUUUUAACUUCUUUUUUCCCCAUAAAUAUUCUUAACUCUCUCAUUUCUUCUUUUGUUGUUUUUUUCUUGUUCAAUAACAUCAUGGUGAAGGGGAGGCCUUGUGCCAUCCUCUUGAUAAUCUUUUUGGUUCUAAUCAUUCAAUGUUCUACUUCAGCUUUUGCAACUUCUCAUUCAUCCUCAAUGAGGAUGGAGUUGAUACAUCGCCAUGCUCACCAUCUCAGUACAAGGCCAAAAACUCAACUUGAGCUGAUUAAAGACCUUCUUCACAGUGACAUUAUCCGCCAAAAGAUGAUUGCUCAUAAACGCCGGAUAAGUCUAAGUCCAAGAAGAGAUGCUCUGGAAACAACUAACACAAGUAGUACCGCCAUUGAAAUGCCAUUGAGUGCUGGUAGAGACUAUGGAACAGGCAUGUACUUUGUCGAAUUCAAAGUCGGAACACCAGCACAAAAGUUUACACUGGUUGUUGAUACAGGAAGUGAGUUGACAUGGGUGAAUUGUAGAUAUAACUGUGGUGCCAAUUGUACCACGAAGGGAAGAUUAGACAAAAGAAGAGUGUUUAAGGGCGAUUUCUCCUCUUCUUUUAAAACGGUUCCUUGCUUUUCUCAGACGUGUAAGAUUGAGUUCAUGAAUCUCUUCUCUCUCACACGUUGCCCCAUGCCCUCCACUCCUUGUGCCUAUGAUUUCAGGUAUGUAGAUGGAUCAGAAGCAAUGGGAAUUUUUGCCAAGGAGACAGUCACUCUAGGCCUCACAAAUGGUAGAAAGUUGAGACUCAAAGAUGUGGUAAUUGGUUGCAGUGACUCUUUCCAGGGCCAGAGCUUUGUGAAAGCUGAUGGUGUUAUGGGGUUAGCGUAUGGCAAGUACACUUUUGCUAAAAGAGCCUCAGAAUUUUUUGAUGGCAAGUUCUCUUAUUGCCUGGUUGAUCACCUUAGUCACAAAAACGUUUCAAAUUAUAUAAUUUUUGGGAGCAACAAUAAUGAAUCAUCAUCAUCUUUAUCGGAAAAAAAACGACACACCAAGCUGGAACUUGGUUUGCUUAGUCCAUUUUAUGCUGUAAAUGUUAUAGGCAUCUCCAUUGGUGGGGUGAUGUUGAAAAUACCAAUUCAAGUAUGGGAUGCAAAUAGUGGUGGUGGUACAAUUGUUGAUUCUGGUUCAACCCUAACAUCUUUAGCAGAGCCGGCAUACAAGCCUGUGAUGGCUGCAUUGCAAAUGUCUGUUUCAAAAUUCCAAAGAUUAAUGCCAAAGGGAUUACCAAUAGACUAUUGCUUCAGUUCAACAGGAUAUGAUGAGAAAUUGGUGCCAAGUUUAGUGAUUCAUUUUGCAGAUGGAGCUAGAUUUGAGCCUCAUAAAAAGAGUUAUAUAAUUGAUGUUGCUGAUGGAGUCAAGUGUCUUGGAUUUGUCUCGGUAGCUUGGCCUGGUAUUUCUACAAUCGGCAACAUUAUGCAGCAGAAUUAUUUGUGGGAAUUUGACCUUGCUCAAAGUAAAUUGGGUUUUGUUGCCUCCAGCUGCACCUAAUAAGGUUAAUUUUGCUCUCAUCGUCAACAUUGUUUUUUUUUUUUCCUAUUAUUUAUACGUAUGAUCUGUAUCUUUAUAUAUUUCUGAUUGUAAUGUCUUAAAAUUGUAUUAAUUUUACAU